AUGCCCAUCGAUGAGGUGAAAAGUUGGGAACCAGUACACUUGUUAUAGCAUGGCGGCGCCCAUGAGCAAGCGUGUGUUCCCGUGGGUCUCGAGGGAAGAAUGGGAGGAGGUUUAUUAUGGUCUCUACACUGACUACGGCUCCGACGCAUCAAGCAGCAGUGCUGUGGCGAAACAAUGGGCGAUUGAGAGAACUCAGCUGUGGCGAAGCAGGAGUGGCAACCGGUUCCCGCCGGGCGUGGAGACUACGGUGUGCCUCGCCCAGGCCUUGCUGCUGCUGCUGGAGGAGGAACGUGAGCGGAGCAAGACGAGGGAGAGGUGCGACGAAGUGCGCCUGCUCCUCUCCAUGGCCAUUGUCAGGUUCGUCAACUUUGUAGCCGAUGUGGGUCAGAAGAACACGUUUCGUGCCCAGCCGGUGCACGUGUUGGCCGGCAUGAAGGGUGUGCCGGAGUGGGUGGUGGACCUGCGUCACACGGCGACGCACGCGACACUACCCUCCCUCAGCAUCCUCGUGCUGGGCGCAGAGUUCGCUCUCACGUGGCUUCAGAAUCAGUACUGGGAAGUGGAGAGAGCGCGUCUCUCUCCCUCGCCGAUCAAUAGCCAAACCUCAGCGGGGGAGGCGUGUGUGAUAAAGAAGGGGAAGAAGGAGGAGGAGGAGGAGGAAGGGGAGGAGGAGAGGGAGGAGCGCAUACGAUCGCUGCUGGGUGACUACCAACAGCUGCAGUUUGAGACCUACUCUUGA